GCGCUCUGCUGCGGGGAGCGCACAGGGGAGCGCACAGGGGAGCGAGCAUGCGGAGGAGCCCCGCGGCCGGGCGGCCCGCGCCCUGGUCGCCAUCGUUGCUGCUGCUGCUGCUGCUGCUGCCCUCCCGGGCUGCCGCGCUGCCCUCAAGCGAGCUUUUCCCCUAUGGCCAGUCUCUGGGGGACCAGCUCCUGCAGGAGGGGGACGACGAGAGCUCCGCCGCGGUGAAGCUGGCGGUUCCCCUCCACUUCUACGAAGCGCAGUUCAGCCACCUCUACGUGGGCACCAACGGCAUCAUCUCCACCCAGGACUUCCCCAGGGAGACCCAGUAUGUGGACGAUGAUUUCCCCACAGACUUCCCGGCCAUUGCGCCCUUCCUGGCUGACAUCGACACGAGCCAGGGCAGGGGCCGCGUUUUGUACCGCGAGGACACCUCGGCCGCGGUGCUGGGCCUGGCGGCUCGCUACGUGCGCGCGGGCUUCCCGCGAGCUGCGGCGCAUUUCACGCCCACCCACGUCUUCCUAGCCACCUGGGACCGAGUGGGCGCCUACGAGGAGGCCACGCGCGGGGUACCACCUUCCGGAGAACUGAAUACUUUCCAGGCAGUUUUGGUAUCUGAUGGGUCUGAUACCUACGCCCUCUUUCUUUAUCCUGCCAAUGGUCUUCAGUUCUUCGGAACGCGUCCCAAAGAAUCGUACAAUGUCCAGCUUGAGCUUCCAGCCCGGGUGGGCUUCUGCCGAGGGGAGGCUGAUGACCUGAAGCGAGAGGGACCUUAUUUCAGCUUGACUAGCACAGAACAGUCUGUGAAAAAUCUUUACCAACUCAGUAACCUGGGGAUUCCUGGAGUGUGGGCUUUUCAUAUAGGCAGCACCUCCCCACUGGAAAAUGUCAGGCCUGCAACAGUUGGAGAUCUUUCCAAAGCCUCCUCUUCAGCUCCCCCAGAUCAUUUCAUCAGCCAUGCUGCAGCCCUAGAAAGGGACUACACUGAGGACAAUUUGGAUUAUUAUGAUGAGAAUGAGGAGGAAGUUGAAUACCCCCCGAGUGACCCAGAUGAGACAUCAAAUGGCCAUGGCAGUAUUGAUGUUUCCUUCCAUCCCAAAACUGAUUCAAGGCCUACAGGAGGUGGGAUCUCUCCCUCAGGUUCUGAUCUGGCCUCCCCUUUGCCACAUUUAACACCGAGUGAGUGGCCAUUCUACCCUGAAACACAGUCCACUAUCUUGGACCCUCGAACCAAAGAGGGGAGACCUGUGGAGGAGAUAUAUGCCUCAGAAUCUAAAGGCCAAGCUGAGACUUCUAAACAGCCAGGGAUCAGAAGAUUGGCUCCAUCAGAGAUAGAAAGGGUUUCACUGGAUCCACCCCAGGAAACCCCACCAUCCUAUGCUGAAAACACAAGCAUCCAGUCCUACCCAUACGGAAGGGCACUGCCCUCAGAAGUGGGAGUUCCUCCAGCCCGUCCUGAAGGAGAGUCAGUUCUUCCAAACUACCCUGUGCCAGGUCACCCUCCACCUCUGGGUCGCACUGAUGGCAUCGGUUCCAACACUGAGGUCUUCACAUAUAAUUCUGCCAACAAGGAAACCUGCGAACACAACCACGGACAGUGCUCCCAACAUGCUUUCUGCACUGACUAUGCCACCGGAUUUUGCUGCCACUGUCAGUCUAGGUUUUAUGGAAAUGGGAAGCACUGUCUGCCAGAAGGGACACCUCAUCGAGUCAAUGGGAAAGUAAGUGGCCACCUUCUCGUGGGCCACACGCCCGUGCACUUCACCGACGUGGACCUGCAUGCUUACCUCGUGGGCAAUGAUGGCAGAGCGUACACGGCCAUCAGUCAUAUCCCACAGCCUGCCGCCCAGGCUCUGCUCCCCCUCGCUCCAAUUGGAGGCCUGUUUGGGUGGCUGUUUGCCUUAGAAAAGCCAGGCUGGAAGAAUGGCUUCAGCCUCACAGGUGCUACCUUUACCCAAGACAUGGAAAUUAUUUUCUAUCCAGGGGAAGAAAAGGUUCAAAUCACUCAAAAGGCAGAAGGGCUUGACCCUGAGACCUAUUUGAGCAUUAAAACCAACAUUCAAGGCCAGGUGCCUUACAUCCCAGCAAAUUUCACAGCCCAGAUAGCUCCCUACAAAGAGCUUUACCACUAUUCGGACUCAGUGGUGACCUCCACAAGUUCCAGAGACUACUUUCUCAUAUUUGGUGGCAUCAACCAAACACGGUCCUACCGCAUCCGACAGAACAUCACUUACCAGGCGUGCCGCCAUGCACCCAGGCACCAGGCCAUCCCUGCCACCCAGCAGCUGAGUGUUGACCGGGUCUUUGCCUUGUACACUGAUGAAGAACAAGUGCUUAGAUUUGCUGUGACCAAUCAAAUUGGCCCUGUGGAAGAUGAUUCGGCCCCUGCCCCAGUGAAUCCUUGCUAUGACGGGAGUCACACUUGUGACACAACAGCUCGGUGCCUUCCAGGGACAGGUGUAGACUACACCUGUGAGUGUGCAUCUGGGUACCAGGGAACUGGACGGAGCUGUGUGGAUGUAAAUGAAUGUGCAACAGGCUUCCAUCGCUGUGGCCCCAACUCUGUGUGCAUCAACCUGCCGGGAAGCUACAGGUGUGAAUGCCGGAGUGGUUAUGAGUUUGCAGAUGACCGACACACUUGCAUCAUGAUUGCUCCCCCGGCCAACCCCUGUGAGGAUGGCAGUCACACCUGCGCGCCUGCGGGCCAGGCCCAGUGCAUUCACCGCGGGGGCAGUUCGUUCAGCUGUGCCUGCCUGCCCGGGUACGCCGGGGAUGGACACGUCUGCACCGAUGUUGAUGAAUGUGCAGAAGACAGAUGUCACCCCUCGGCUACCUGCUAUAACACCCCCGGCUCCUUCUCCUGCCGUUGCCAACCUGGAUAUCAGGGGGAUGGAUUCCAGUGCACACCUGAAGACCCCGCCUCAGGACUGAAACCCUGUGAACACCAGCGCCGCAGCGCCCAGGCCCAGUACGCCUAUCCUGGUGCCCGGGUCCACAUCCCCCAGUGCGACGAUCAGGGCCACUUCCUGCCACUGCAGUGUCAUGGCAGCACUGGCUUCUGCUGGUGUGUGGACCCCAAUGGUCAUGAAGUCCCAGGCACCCGGACUCCACCCGGCUCCACGCCACCGCACUGCGGACCACCAGAGCCCACCCAGAGGCCCCGGACCGUCUGUGAGCGCUGGAGGGAAAGCUUGCUGGAGCACUAUGGCGGCUCGCCCCGGGAUGACCAGUACGUGCCCCAGUGCGAUGAGCUGGGCCACUUCACUCCCCUGCAGUGCCACGGGAAGAGUGACUUCUGCUGGUGUGUGGACAAGGAUGGCCGAGAGGUGCCAGGCACCCGCUCCCAGCCAGGCAGCACCCCUGCAUGUAUACCCACGGUUGCUCCACCCACGGUCCGGCCCACGCCCCGGCCUGAUGUGACCCCUCCAUCUGUGGGGACCUUCCUCCUCUAUGCCCAGGGCCAGCAGAUAGGCCACUUGCCCCUCAAUGGCACCAGGCUUCAGAAGGAUGCUGCCAAGACCCUGCUGUCCCUGCAUGGCUCGAUAGUCGUGGGACUUGACUAUGACUGCCGGGAGAGGAUGGUGUACUGGACAGACGUUGCUGGACGGACAAUUAGCCGUGCCAGUCUGGAACCAGGAGCAGAGCCCGAGACGAUCAUUAACUCAGGUCUCAUGAGCCCCGAAGGACUUGUCAUUGAUCACUUCCGUAGAACGAUGUACUGGACGGACAGCGGUCUGGAUAAGAUCGAGAAGGCCAAGCUAGAUGGCUCUGAGCGCAAAGUCCUCUUCCACACCGACCUGGUGAACCCCCGAGCCAUCGCUGUGGAUCCAAUCCGAGGCAACUUGUACUGGACAGACUGGAAUCGAGAAGCUCCUAAAAUUGAAACAUCAUCUUUAGAUGGGGAAAACAGAAGAAUUUUGGUGAACAAAGACAUUGGACUACCAAAUGGUUUAACCUUUGACCCUUUUUCCAAAAUGCUCUGUUGGGCAGAUGCAGGAACCAAAAAGCUGGAGUGUACGCUACCUGACGGAACUGGACGACGUGUCAUUCAAAACAACCUUAACUACCCCUUCAAUAUCGUCAGCUACGCAGAUCACUUCUACCACACAGACUGGAGGAGGGAUGGUGUUAUAUCAAUAAAUAGAGACAGUGGCCAGUUUAUUGAUGAGUAUCUCCCAGAGCAGCGAUCUCAUCUCUACGGGAUAACUGCAGUCUACCCCUACUGCCCAGCAGGAAGAAAGUAAAUACGGUAUGUAAAGGACUUGGAGUUUACAAUAAGAAUCUGGAGCUUAAAGAACAUUUACUGAAAAACAAAGGUGAAGAAAGUGAAAAAGGAAUCGGCCAUUAGAAGUUCCUGGACAUACAGUGCAAAAAGACUAAGUAUAUUUUGUGAAAAGUUUAUACCUCAAUCUUUACUACUGUAUUUUUAAAAGCAAGUUUAAAAAAAAGUAAUAGAACUUAAUUCAUGCUGAAAGCAACUUUACAAACAUUUUAUCAUAUUUAAAAGGUCAAAUUCAUUCAGUUAAAAACCAGUGUACACCCUAAAUCUAAUUUUUGCCUUAGAUUCUUUCUCACCAAGAAAUUAAAGCACAUGUGAUCAGUACAAAAUACAAUCGUAAAGAUCAUAAACCUCAAGAGAAGGCAAUGCAGAACUGAUGGGAAAGAUCCAACUUAGUUUCCCAGCAAAAGUUCUAAGACUUUUUUUUACCUCUACAUUUCUAUUUAUAUUGAAAGGUGCUAGAAUAUUUCAAUUUGUAUUUUCUGAUCCUGUAAGUUCCUUUAUAGAAUUACCCACAGAAAUCACUACAUGUAUAAAUACCAAAGAUGUAACAGUUCUCAAUUUCUAGAUUACACCAAUAAAAUAUUUUAAAGUUUUCCUAUGAUUUGUACUGUCUAUGGCAUAUACCUGUAACCACAAAGGACUUAACAAAUAACAGUCAAAAAUAAUCCACUUUCCCAACUUUAUUAAAGAAAAAGCAAUGAUGGUAAAUCUCUAGAACACAGCCAAUUUUCUGGGAUUCCUCCCUUGAAAAUGUGACAUUUGAUUUCCAAACAUGCCAGAAUGUACACAGUUCCCAAUGGUACUAAGUAGGUGAGAAGCUGAAAUCCUAAAAAUGUUCAUCUUCCAACUUUCCCCAGUCUGUGGUCUGUCUUUGGAUCGGCAAUAAUUGCCUGAACAGCUACUAUGGCUUCAUUAAUUUUUGUCUGUAGCUCUCUGAGCUCUUCUAUAUGCAGCAAUCGCAGAAUUUGAGCAGCUUCAUUAAGAACCGCAUCUGUUUUAUAAGAAACACUGCAUUAAUUAAUAACUUGAUACUUAAAGACCAUUUCCUCACACAGGUCCCCAUCUCUAAAAACUGAAUAAAAGUCACUUACCUCCUGUGUCAAAACCAAGGAUAUGCUUGUCUAAAGCAACAGGUAAGCCCUUUAAAAAAAAAUAACAAUUCCAUUACAAAUAAAUCUCUCAUUUGAAACUGCAAAGCAGUCAGCUAUUUUAACCUUGCCUAGCAAGGGAACUGAGAUUUUUCUCUUUAAACAAAUGGCCUUUUUCAUGUACUGGGAAUUUAGCUCCAUCGCCCAUCCAAAUCCUUUAUAUGAGACAAAUGAAAUAGCUCAAGUAUCCAUUCUCUGGUUUGCUCUAACACAAAACAGGUAUUUUUUUAAGCAUGCAUGCAAAACUUAAAUUCAUAAAAAUAUCAGAAGAAAACCAUUAAUAAUUUAGAAUUUAUUAAAAAAUACAUACCUCUUUUGUUUGGUUUGCUUUAGCAACAGCGUCCUGUGUCAGACGCUCCUGGACCAAAAUGCGAAUUGCCUGAGAAAACCAAAAAUGCCCUAUUAGCUGUUAUCUUUCCUUUUCUGUGAUAGAGAAUAAGGAUGCCCAGUUUAAUGAAGUUAGCAUUACUUAGUUCAUUAACUACACAAUUAAUAAAAUGGCUAUUUGUA